AUGGACGCAGGCGGUCUCGCUCAAAUGAACUCCAACAACUUUUCCUCGGCCAACGGCCUGGCCAUGCCCAGCGGAGGUCUUGCCUCUCGCCGCGGCGGUCCCGUCAAGCCUCUGUCCCUCUCCAACGCCACUCCCGCCAGCAACGUCGCCGACGGCGUCCCCACUCCUCGCACCAGCAGAUCUCACCUGCUUGCGGGUCUUAGAACCGCCCCCAAGUCUUCCACUGCUACCAACUUCCCCGCUGGUGCCAACGGCGCCCCCUCGCCUACCACCCAGUCGUUUGCUAGGAACGCGACCGCCAACAACGCCUACGCUCAGGCCCAAAACAACUCGUACAACGGCCCCAAGACCGCACUCCCCCGCUACGGCCAGCACCAGCAGCAGGCUCAGCAGGCUCAAUUGCAGGCUCAGCAAUUGCAGCAGCAGCAACUCCAGCAACAGCAGCAGCAGGCCCAGCAGGCCUACAUGAGCCAGUACACCACCGAGCAGGUUUUGGCCCCUCCUGAGAUCGUCAUCGAUGACCAGGAGCAGAUGGACCCCAGCCUGUACGCACAGUUGGUGGCCACCAACAUGUAUCUCGCUCAGCAGCAGCAACGCCUCCAGCAGCAGCUCCUGAGUGUGCAGGCCGCCGCUCAGCAGUUUUCGGGUCUCAACUUGCAGGGUGCCCAGCAGCAAAUCCAGCAGCAACAGCUUGCCAUGUACCAGCAGCAGCAACAGCUCCAAAGCCUCCAGCAGUCCAUGUUGGGCGGCAUGCAGCAACAGCAGCAGCAGCAGCAGCAGGUCUACACGUACUACGAUCCCGUCACACGCCAGCAGGGCUACUACGUGGACCAGGGCCAGAAUGAUCAGCAGGUUCAGCUCGCUCAGAUCUACGCCGCCCUCCAGCAACAGCAACAGCAGCAGCAGCAGCAGCAGGCAGCCCCUCGCGUUCAGGUGUCCCCUCCCCCUGAGAACCACGCCACCCCGUUCCGCACCACCACUCCCCCCAAGCGCUACGAGUCUCCCUCUGAGGUGACUCCUCUUCCUCCCCCGUCGGCCAACGCCUUCCGUCGUGGCCACAAGAAGGUCAUGUCUCUGGCGCUCAACGCUAACAACCAAGCCGCCCUCUCGCCUUCUCAAGAGCCUCCCAAGUCCGCCGGUCCUAAGACGGCUUCUUUCCCGCUCACUCCUCUGUCUGGCGGCUACGGACCCGGUCAGGGACGUGCUGGCGAGCACCCCGUCCGUCAACCUCGUGGACCCCCCUCUAUCGAGGAACUGAAGGCCAAGCCUACCGCCAAGCACGAGGGAAGCAAGAACUUUGCCACCAGAACCCGCCGUUCCGCCGUGCACAACUUGGUUCGUGCGGGACGUGAGCGCAGGAAGGGAACCGGCAGCUCCAGCGGAAGCAUGAGCCCUGUUUCUGAGAGCGCUGAGGAGGAGUCAAGCACCCCGAUCACCGACAACGAGUCUGACUCUGGCCGCAGCGGAUCCGGCAGCUUGGCCGGUGACGUCGACUGCUCUUUCCCCAGCUCAAGAACCUCCACCAACGGCAGCUGGGGAGCUAUUGGCUCCGACCGUCCAAGCUCCCGCCAGAGAGCUCGCAAGAGCGUGGACAGUGUCAGCAGCGCCGACAGCGGAGAGAACAGCUUCGCCAGUGUCUUCAAGAACUCGGCUCAGCGAGCUGGGAUUGAGGUGACGGACGGCCAGCGCAAGGCGCCGAUGCUGGUCCUGACCAGUGCCGAGAAGAGAAAGAGUGGUAUUCUGGCGUAG